AGAGCAUUCAUUGGUGAUUCGAGUAACUGUGCUUGUGUUGUAAACACAGAGACGUAAACAUUUUCUAUGGAGACGUAAAUGACAAUAUGAAAUACCGGCAAUGCGUUUAUAUAUGUUAACUGUAAUUUUUCUGCGCAACAAUCGAUGUAGAGAUUUUUAGUAAAAGGCAUAAUGGAGCUGAACGGCUUCUACUGUGACGGCGAGGGAUGUGCGGAGGAGCAAGAGGAAGAACCGACAGCGCUCAAGCUGCUUCGAUCAAAGACGGAAACGUCAUGUAGCAUAAUUGCUACACCGGGUGCAGACAGCGCAGCGGCCGGCGGCAGUGUACUCCAAGAGCAGCGGAUGUCAAAAUCGACGCCGGCGAUGCUGAGGCUCGAUUCGCUGAAAAAGAACAGGCCGCCUUUCCCAUGGUUUGGCAUGGACAUUGGUGGCACAUUGGUGAAGCUGGUCUACUUUGAACCCAAAGACAUUACAGCAGAAGAAGAACAGGAAGAGGUGGAGAGUCUGAAAAGCAUCCGUCGUUAUCUCACCUCACACACCGCCUACGGCAAAACAGGUAUACGAGAUGUUCACCUGGAGCUCUCUGACCUCACCCUUUGGGGCCGCAAGGGCAACCUGCACUUCAUUCGCUUUCCAACGCACGAGCUGCCUGCCUUCCUGCAGAUGGGCCGAGACAAGCACUUUUCUAGUCUGCACACCACCCUUUGUGCCACUGGAGGUGGUGCAUUUAAAUAUGAGGAUGACUUCCUUACGAUGGCCAAUCUGAAGCUGUUGAAGCUGGAUGAGCUUGAUUGUCUAAUAAAGGGGGUUCUGUAUAUUGAUUCAGUGGUUUCAAGUGGUCCACCUGAAUGCUACUAUUUUGAGCACCCAACAGACCCUGAGCGUUGCGAGCAGAAGGCUUACAACCUGGAGAACCCCUACCCUCUGCUGCUUGUCAACAUUGGCUCUGGUGUCAGCAUACUAGCUGUAUAUUCCAAAGACAACUACAAGCGUGUUACUGGAACCAGUCUUGGUGGUGGUACAUUCCUCGGGCUCUGCUGCUUAUUGACUGGAUGCUCCACCUUUGAGGAGGCAUUGGCAAUGGCCACAGAAGGGGAAAGUACACGUGUAGAUAAACUAGUCAAGGACAUCUAUGGUGGCGACUAUGAGCGAUUUGGCUUGCCAGGAUGGGCUGUUGCCUCCAGCUUUGGGAACAUGAUGUGCAAGGAGAAAAGAGACUCAGUCUCCAAGGAGGAUCUGGCUAGAGCAACACUAGUCACCAUCACGAACAACAUCGGCUCAAUCACGCGCAUGUGUGCACUUAACGAGAACAUUGAAAGAGUGGUAUUUGUUGGAAACUUUCUGCGAGUGAACACAUUAUCCAUGAAGCUCCUCGCUUAUGCUUUGGACUACUGGAGCAAAGGACAACUCAAAGCCCUGUUCCUGCGACAUGAGGGUUAUUUUGGUGCGGUCGGUGCACUUUUGGAAUUGCAAAACCCAUGCUAAUCUGCUACUUACUUAAUCUUAGUUCACAACUUUUACCAAUAGAAAUAUUUAUGCAAACAGACCAAAGUUGCCUUCAAAUAUCAGACCAUGCCCUCCACCAAGAAGACCAAGGCCUGUCAUCUUAUGAAUACCAAAAAUAUUAUAGUCGCUAUAAUAACAUUUCUUAAUAAUGAGCUAUACAGUCAGGUUAAGCAAUCAAAAUUUAAGGAAUUGCAGCAAACAUCCUGUACCUUUUUCAAAGUCUUCUGUAAAAACAACCAGCUGAUAUGAGAAUAAGACACUAAGAUCUGAUACAUAGCGUCAGGUGAUUAGAUAUCAUUUAUAAUCUGUCAGCUGUUAUCUAA